UUCCUGUCCCCUCCCCAUUUCCUGUCCCCGUCCCCUUUUCCUGUCCCCGUCCCCUCUUUUCCUGUCCCCCCCCCCCCCCCGCAGCUCCCCAACUUCUUCCUCAAGAUCCCCGACUACGCCCUCUACUCCCCGGACGUCGAAUUCGUCAACCGCCCCCUGCGCCUCCGCACGCGCGGCCGGGCCAUGUACCAGGUGGCCGUGGCCCUGUGCCGCGCCGCCGCCUGGGGCUACUUCGCCAGCCUGCGCCUGGAGGUGCUGGCCCUCACCCAGCACCCCGAGGACUGGAGCAUCCGCGCCCGCUGGCGCCUCACGGGGCUGCCCUUCCACCUCUGCCUGCUGCGCUUCUACCGCCGCGACAAGCGCGAGCUGCUGCGGUCCUACGACGCCUUCUCCACUUUCUUCCUCGACUCCCACGGCCUCAUCCGCUGCCACCACGUGGACAAGCUGAUGCCGGCCCCCCCGGCCGUGUCCGAGGCCAAGAAGCUGCUGGUGGCGGCGGCGGCGGUGGCGGCGGCGGCGGGGCUGGCCGAACCGGGGACGGGGCCGGCGCUGUGCCUCGCCCUCAAGCCCCCGGGACCCCCGGGGGCUGCAUGAAACACCCCCCACCCCCCCCCCCCCGGGACCCCCCCCUCACUGCCCCCGUAACUUAAUGUACAGAAUAAAAAAGAAAUCUAUCGGAUCGUUUCCCCGAGGGGCGCUGCGGAGGGGACCCCCCAAGCCUUUUUGUCACCCAAAGCUGUAUUUGGGACACUCGGGGGGUCCCCCGGGACGUCCCCG